AUGACCGCAGCCUUUGACCUAAAAAAGGUUAAAAAAGAAAAGAAGUUGUGGGAUGAAGACGAUGGAAAGUCCACCACAGUUACUGAUAACUGUGAGAAAGUUGCCGUUAGCCGCAGUAUAAAGAAGGAAGGAGAGUUUCAAAGGAAGCGUAGAAAUAGAGCUUUUUUGACUCACAUGAAUUAUGCUGAAGCAAAAAGAUUACUUUUAGAGAACCCACACAGUGGUCUGAAGUUAAUUGACCAUAAACGACAUAUCACUAUUGGAUGGCACCAAGCUGGUAGAGUUAGAGUGGCACUUAAACAAAUUUUUGAGAAAUCGCUUAACCGGUUUCGUCACGAAUUGAAAGGUGUGCCGUUGGCUAUUGGUCCAAUCAAAGUACCUGAGAAUGCUACAAUUAUUGGGACACACUCAUCCAUGCAUUUAGAUGUCGAAGUGCGUGUGGUUGUAUUUCGACCGAAAAUAGGAAAAGUUUACAAAUGUACCGUCACUUCAGUCGAGGAGGAUUACCUGCUUGCAACGAAGUUCGGAGCAAUCACGUUCGUCGCACCUCUAAAUCUGGAAUUUGCACCGACGAUUGGAAAUGAAGUACACAUCAGACUUUCCGGAAUUUCAGCAAGGGGGAAAAUAUGUCAAAUGAAAGGCAGCUUGUGCAAUGGUAAACGUCCCUUCUAG